AAAAGAAUGGCUUCUUUCUUUUUGGUUGUUCAAACUGAUCUAGAGAAGAACCAAAAUAUCAGUCAUGGAAUCAGCAGACUCCAUGGAACUCAAGGUAAUCUCCUGCAAGCAUCUCAAGGCCUUCAAUUUCUUCCAGAAGCUAGUAGUCUAUGCUGUGGUUUCCAUCAUCAGCGAUGAAUCCAAGAACAGCAAUCAAAAGCAUCAAAUACAGUGCCUUCAGCGGCAAAAGACCCCGGUUGAUAGGGAUGGAAAUGGGAAUCCUGAGUGGAACCACCAGCUGCAGUUUGAUCUCAGGGACAUCUCACUUGCUGAUUCUGCUAAUUACUACGUCAAAUUCAGUCUCCGCUGCGAGGGUAUCGUCUUUGGGAACAAAACUAUUGGUGAAGUUUGUGUUCCAUUGAAGGAACUGAUCGAUGAGUUCAACAGAGCUGUCAGGUUUGUAAGCUAUCAGGUCAGGACUACUGAUGGAAAACCCAAUGGCGUACUGAAUUUUUCUUAUAAACUGAACAUAAAAGGAAGUGAUUUACCAGCAGUUGAGGCACCAGAGGAUGAACAUCUUCCUUACCCCUCAGUGGAAGUUGAGGAGUUUCAUGCUCCUAAAAAGGAUAGUUGCUACCCUUCAGUGGAUGUUUCUACCUUGCCAGCAAUUAGUAUAUCCACUCCAUAUCAUACACCGGAGUUCCAUAACAUGGGACCACCACAGCUGCCACUGCCACCGCCACCACCACCAGCAGCAGUUCCUAUGAUGAUGGCUGGGGCCUAUUAUCAUCCACUCCCAUGCCCACUGGUGUAUGCAUCACAGCCUUAUUAUGAUCAUGGUCUCUGCAGGUACCCUAGCGCCGCUGGUGCUGUUGGAGGAGUGGAGGGGGCUGAUGGUGAUGGGUGGAGGAUGGGACUAGGGACCAUAAGAGAUGGCUUCCAAGGUUCAUGGACUUUCAGGUGACUUUGCAGUACUGCAGGGAAUACAUUCUGAUAUAUCUACUCCUUGCAACAGCAGCAGCAGAUCUGUCAGUAAAAAAUGCUCCUUAGUUGUCACCCCUUCCUUUUAGUUCUACUUCUAUUUGAAAAAAUUAGGCCCUCUUUUCUCCUGUACAAAGGACCUUACUUCAUAUAUGAUGAUAAAUCUUAGUCCUUCUUCCUUUGUAGUACGAAUCUGCCCUCAGUGAGUAAAAGAGACAUUGGAAUCAUUUAUGCAGACUUGACAUUUGCUUUAUUUGUUCUAUCUACUCCAACUCAAUAAAUCCUUGUGUUGUAGGGCACCA